UUUGACCUUGGUCGCCUGCAGAUGACUGGUGAGGUCGUGAAUGACGUUGAGCUGCCCGCAUGGGCAUCAACAGCGGAAGAGUUUAUCCGCAUCCACCGAGGCGUCCUUGAGUCGGACUACGUCUCUGCUAACCUGCACAAUUGGAUCGACCUAAUAUUUGGGUAG